GAAGCCCAGCCGAAAAGAGCCGACUAACCCCGGGCUACCUGAAGGAGCUAAAGCGCCGGAACCGGGCCAUGGACUCGGAACCGUGUUCUCAGAUUGAAGCCGAACUCUAUUUCCUGAUUGUCAGAUUUCUUCAGUCGGGACCGUGCAGAAAGUCGGCACAGACUCUGCGCGAGGAGCUGGAGGAGUUUGAGAUCAUCCCGGAGCGCUGGAGCUGGGACGGAAAACGAUACAAGAGAAACUUCCAGGACUGGGUGGCACUGAAUCAGCACAUCCCAGCGGAUUACUUGUUGCGUGUGUGUGAGCAGUUGUGUCCGUUAGUGGAUGCACACGUCCCCCCGAGUGUCCCUGGGCUCCGCAGUCUGCUGGGGAGCGGCCGACAGUCUCUACUGCGUACUGCCAAGAGUUCUUCCCACACAGUAUGGACGGGUUCUGCCGUAGCUGCUCUGCACAGGGGGCGGCCCCCCGAACCGCCAAUCAACUUCCCCAAACCACCGAAUAUCGUGUCAAUCAUCGGCGGUCGCCAGGCCACCGGGGUGGCUCGCUUGGGUCACGCCCUCCCGUCCUGCACCUACCAGCACAUGAAGAUGCACAGGAGGAUUCUGGGACACCUGUCCUCGGUGUACUGCGUGGCCUUCGACCGGACGGGCCGCCGCAUCUUUACGGGUUCAGACGACUGCCUGGUGAAGAUCUGGGCGACAGACGAUGGGCGUCUCCUGGCGACACUGCGAGGUCACGCAGCCGAGAUCUCCGACAUGGCAGUGAAUUACGAGAACACGCUCAUUGCCUCUGCCAGCUGUGAUAAAGUCAUCCGAGUGUGGUGCCUCCGAACCUGCGCACCCAUCACUGUCCUACAGGCACACACCGCCUCCAUCACCUCCAUACAGUUCUCUCCAUCCUCUGUGGGUUCUACACGCUAUCUGGCCUCGACAGGAGCCGACGGCAUGGUCUGCUUCUGGCAGUGGAACAGCCUCGCCAUGAAGUUCUCAGACAGGCCGGUGAAGUUUGUGGAGCGGUCCCGUCCCGGGGUUCAGAUAUCAUGCUGCUCCUUCAGUACCGGUGGGAUGUUUCUGGCCACCGGAGGGACGGAUCAUGUGAUCAGGGUGUAUUACCUGGGUGCUGAGACCCCGGUGAAGUUGUCAGACCUGGACCUGCACACAGAUAAAGUGGUUGCCGUUCAGUUCUGCAAUAACACGGACAGUCUGCGCUUUGUGAGCGGCAGUCGGGACGGAACGGCGCGGAUCUGGCAGUACCAGCAGCAGGAGUGGAAGAGCAUGGUGCUGGACAUGAGCACCAAACUGCCCGGGAGCUCCGCAGCAUCAGGGGAGGACAAGACCACCAAGCUGGUGGUUACCAUGGUAGCAUGGGACCGCGGUGACCGAACGGUGGUCACCGCCGUCUCCAACUUACUCCUCAAAGUCUGGAGCUCCACAAACGGCCAGCUGCUACAUGUGCUCUCGGGUCAUGACGACGAGGUCUUCGUCCUGGAGCCCCACCCCUUCGACUGGCGCAUCAUGCUGUCCGCUGGCCACGAUGGCAACAUCUACAUCUGGGACCUCAGCAAAGGCAACAAAAUUAGGAACUUCUUCAACAUGAUUGAAGGUCAGGGUCAUGGGGCAGUGUUCGACUGCAAGUUCUCGGCUGAUGGUCAGCACUUUGCCUGCACAGACUCGCACGGGCACCUGCUCAUCUUCGGCUUCGGCUGCAGUCAGCCUUAUGAGAAGAUUCCGGAUCAGAUGUUCUUCCAUACGGAUUUCCGGCCGUUGAUCCGUGACUCCAAUAACUACGUCCUGGACGAGCAGACGCAACAAGCGCCGCACCUCAUGCCGCCACCGUUCCUCGUGGACGUGGACGGGAAUCCGCACCCUCCCAGAUUCCAGCGCCUCGUUCCUGGCCGAGAGAACUGCAAGGAGGAGCAGUUGGUGCCUCAGCUAGGAUACAUGGCUAACGGUGAUGGAGAGGUGGUGGAGCAGGUGAUUGGGCAGCAGACGGCGGAUGACGGUCAGGAAGAAAGCCCACUGGACAGUCUGAUCCGGCAGCUACAGCAUCAGCAAGACGAGAGACUCAACUCAGGAAACCAGGGCGCAGGUGGUGAAGCAGCAGGUGGUCCUCUGUCGCCCCCUAAUGUCGGCCUGCGCAGGAGCGGUCAGGUCGAAGGGGUUCGACAGAUGCACAAUAACGCCCCCCGCAGUCAGAUGGCCACUGAACGGGAUCUGCUGGCGUGGAGCCGCCGCGUGGUCGUCAACGAAAUCUCUUCAGGAGUGUUAAGGGUAAUGGAGGAGACUCGAGGGGCUAAAGGAGAACUGGAGCGAUCUCUCUACAACAUGGAGAGAAAGAAAAAACCUGUGCAUCCUACUCGAACCGAGACGGUCGACGUCUCUGUGCGCUCUUUGCGGAGACCUCAGAGGAAACAGCAACAGAAAAGACAUGCCUAUCACACGCGGUCAGCACGGGAGAGGAGACGCGCACGCACACUGGCCAACACGCGAGAGGACAGCCUCUCGGACAGCGAGGGAGAGCAGGAGGAGGAUCAAAACGAGAACAGUGAUGUGUCCUCUGAAGGUGAUGCUCAGUGGGAAAACGCCAGCAGCUCCAGCGACUCCUCCAGCGAAUAUUCCGAUUGGACGGCAGACGCAGGAAUCAACCUCCAGCCGCCCAAACGACCAAUCAGAAGGCCGGCUCGUAUCGCCGGGAGCAGCAGCUCGGAGGACGAAGGGGAGGGGCGACGAGAGGGGGAGGAGCGUCGCAAGAAGAAGGAGGAGGAUGAGGAGGAGAAGAAAAAGAAAUCCAAACAAACUAAACAGAAGACUGUUCCUGCAGGUGAGCUUGAAGAGUGGCUUCCCCCACCCUGGAUAAUGGAGACGAUGCCCAGACGAUCUCCAUUCCUACCUCAGAUGGGGGAUGAGUUGAUAUAUUUUCGGCAGGGUCACCAGGCGUAUGUGCGGGCAGUGCGACGUGCCAAAGUCUACAGCAUUAAUCCUCAGAAACAACCCUGGAACAGACUGGACCUCAGGGAUCAGGAGUGUGUGAAGGUGGUGGGUAUAAAGUAUGAGGUGGGUCCACCCACACUCUGCUGCCUCAAACUGGCCUUCCUGGACCCGCUCUCAGGGAAGAUGACUGGCGAGUCCUUCAGCUUGAAGUAUCAUGACAUGCCUGAUGUCAUUGAUUUUCUGGUGCUACAACAGUUUUACAACGAGGCCAAAGAACGCAACUGGCAACCGGGUCAGCGAUUCAGAAGUAUCAUAGACGACGCCUGGUGGUUUGGAACAGUGGAGAGUCAGCAGCCGUACCAGCCGGAGUAUCCAGACAGCCUUUUCCAGUGUUAUGCUGUCAGAUGGGAUAACUGUGAGAGAGAGAAAAUGAGCCCGUGGGACAUGGAGCCUAUACCUGAUGAAGCUACGCUUCCGGAUGAGGUCGGUGACAGCGUCCCGGUAACGGAGGAGGAGCUUCAGUCGCUGCUGUACCAACCGCAGGACGGAGAGUGGGGCGCACACACACGCGACGAAGAGUGUGAACGAGUCAUCUGUGCCAUAGACCAGCUUUUUACACUGGACAUAGCAAAGGCGUUCUCCUUUCCAGUGGAUCUGAGGGAUUAUCCUCUCUACUGCACCGUGGUGGCGUAUCCCACUGACCUCAGCACAAUCCGACAGAGACUGGUACACCGCUUCUACAGGAGGAUUUCAGCGCUGAUGUGGGAGGUCCGUUACAUUGAGCACAACGCCAGAACCUUUAACGAGCCGCACAGCCCCAUCGUCACGGCAGCUAAAGCGGUCACUGACGUCCUGCUGCGGUUUAUCGGGGAUCAGAGCUGUACCGAUAUCUUGGAUCUGUACAACAAGGUCAAGACCGAGCUCAGCAGUGGUGCUGAAGAAGAGGAGGAUGUUGACAUCGACUCUGACACUCCAGGCACGUCGACCAGUCAGAAACGGUCAGGUCAGUUGUCUCAUCAGCGGGGCGUGGUGCUGGAUGUGCGAGCGUGGUUCGGUCAGUGUAGAGAGCUGCUCAGGAGGAUGAUCGCCAGCUCCGACUCUGAACCCUUCCGCCAACCCGUUGACCUCUUCACCUACCCGGACUACAGAGACAUCAUAGACACGCCCAUGGACCUGGGCACAGUGAUGGAGACUCUGGUGGGAGGAAAUUACGAGAAUCCCAUAGAGUUCGCCAAAGAUGUCCGGCUCAUCUUCAGCAACUCCAAAGCGUACACGCCUAACAAGAAGUCCCGGAUCUACAGCAUGACUCUGAGCCUGUCAGCAUUCUUCGAGCACCAGAUCAUCUCCAUCAUCUCUGAUUACAAGGUGGCCGUCCAGAACCAGAGACGCUGCCAGCAGAGACUCAGCUACAGCAAAAGACUGCAAAAUUCCUUGCCAGAGAGUCCCAAAGGGAAAACCAAGUCAGUGAAGAAAACUAAAACUCCUCAGCAGCCCAACAGGACCCGCUCACAACAGCCCUCUGAAGACCUGAACCUUGCUCUUGAUGAAGACAGUCAGCCUUCAUCUUCCUCGCGGUCAUCCUCAUCGUCCGGUCAUCCGGCAAGUAACAGAGUCACACGCAGCAGAUCUCUGAGCAAGAGAGCAGACACCCACUGCAACGGACCGCUGACUAAUGGAGGUCGAAGGUCACGCAGACGGCCGGGACAGGGAGACUCCUCGGACUCCGGGAGCUCAGAAUCUUCAUCGUCGUCGUCAUCAUCAUCUUCAUCCUCUUCCUCCUCAUCUUCGUCAUCCUCUUCCUCUGAGAGUGAGGCGAGUGACGCCGACGUGGGCAGCUUCGCCGAUGGUGGAGACCACGACUACAGCAAAGCGUCACGCCUCUCCCAGGCACGCAAAACCAAGAUGGCCGCCUCCAGCUUUACCUUGAACGCCAAACGCAAAAGAACAGGGCAAGAAGAGGAAAUGACCGAGUGCCUCAAACGUGCACGUAGGGAACAGACGCAAGUCCAAGCAGCCCCGAGCGAGGAUGAGGAAGAGGACGAGGAAGAGGAUGAAAAUGAGGAAGAUGAGGGAGAAGAAGAAGAAGAAGAAGGAGAAGUAGUAGAAAGAGGAGGAGGAAGAGGAAGAGAAGAAGAAGAAGAAGAAGAAGAAGGGCAGGUGCUGGAGGAGGACGAGGAGGAGGAAGAAGAAGACGACGAUGAGGAGGAGGAGGAGGAAGGUGAGGAGGAAGAGGAAACGAAUCCACAACCUCAGCUUCCUGCCAGAGGCCAAAGGUCAAAUCAGAGAACAGUGAAAGCAGGGCGUGUAAACACGCGUAACCAAGGGAGACGGACCGUAGUCUAUAACGACGACUCUGAGGACGACGCCCCCGCCGCUGACCCACUCAACCUGGGCACGUCGCGUUCAGGAAGGAUCCGCCGCAUGACCGAGAGAGCAAGGGUCAGCCAUCUGAUGGGCUGGUCGCACUGACCUUUGACCUUUCGGACAUAUUUUUUUAAGCAACCUCAGACAUUCGGACUUCACUACAGCAAUACUGCAGGGAUAUUUUUUUUUUGUAGCUGUUAUUGUACAGAUGUUUUUUUUCUUCUCUUUUGUUUAUUUUAUUUUGUUUUUGUUAACGAGACUUUUGUUUACGACUCUGGAGCUUGUGGUGCUGACCCCGUCUCACUCUGGUGUCCAGCGAACCAAACCAGCCUUACUGUGGGCCAGAGCAUCGAGGAGUCUCCCUCACUCUCCCUGUCUCCCUGUCUGUCUCUCUCCCUGUCUCCCUGUCUGUCUCUCUCAUGUCUUCUCUUCUGGCUUCAUUUGCCAGCGUGGUGCUUUUUAAAUCAAGUCACUGUACUUCACAUGCAGGAUGAUGGUGCUGCUCUCUCUCUCUGUCUCUCUCUCUCUCUCCCCCUCUCUCUCACCCCCUGUGUAAUAAAUGGUACAUUCGCCAGCUAGCCAAAGGUUUCCAUCCCAAACCACAUCUUUCUGUACUGAACAGUAAAAAACAAUGGCUUUAAACUUCACUAUAGAGUUCAGUACAGUUCUAUCUGCUUUGGGACGCGACCCGAGACUUUCAUUCCCUCAAGCUAGCUGUAGCUUUCUAUUAUUAUUAUUUUUUCUUACAAAACUAUUCCUCAACUCCUCUACAGACUGUUCUCUUGCACUCGUUCUUUAUUUUUAUUUAAACACUUUAACAGGAUUCAACCGCUGUGAGAGAACGUCCAAUCAGCUCCUUGUCGCCAGGCAGAUUUAAUCCGACAGCGUGAAAUCAUUGGUUGUCAACAGGCUCGUCGUCUGAUUGGUUGAAAUGAAUUCCCACUUUCAUUAAUAUGAAGCUGUAUGGAUCUAGUCCACCUUUCUAAAUCAGACUUUGGUAUUAAACAUGUUUAAAAAAGAAACGUAAUAUUUUCCCAUCACAUGUGGGGGAGCUUUUUCAGAUCCAGCCAAUCAGAUCCAUGCCGCUAAGCCGAAUUUAUCCAAGCCUGCGACGCCAUUGGCUGUUCUCCUGAGCGUUCUCUUUCCUCAGUUCAUCCUUUAAUGAAGCAGUCUUUUUAAAUUAUGUUAAGUUUUAUAAGUUCACUGGAUUAAUAUCAUCCCAUGAUUUGGGACAUUAAGAUUCAGUCAGGCCGUGUGGGGAAAUCAUGAAGAUAUCAGCCGGGUGAGGUAACAUCCAAUCAGCUUCUUGUUGCUAUGCAGAAAACGAAGCGGUGCUCUCUGAUUGGUCCGAACCUCUGAGAGGAAUUUUGCUGGUAAUGUAAAACGCAUAGUUCUCAGCUAAAUAGUGCACUUGCCUUUUACUAAAUCUAAUCUUUUCUGUCUCGAAACAGCCUGCUAGCAAAAGUUUUUUGCCCCCCUCCUCCACCACACUGACUAGUUUUCUCCUUUAUUUAUCUCUUUGUUCUCUCCCUCUCUUUUUUUUUUCUUCUCUCUGUCUCUCACCAUCACAUACCUGGGAUUUGUCCCAAACGCCAGUCUCGCUAGUGUUCUCACUAGAAUGUUGACCAUUUCGCGACACAUCCCAAAUGUCUUCUGACGAGAUCGUCUCCAUGCUUUUUUUUUGUUUGUUUGUUUGUUUUGUUUUGGGGUUUUUUCUGAGUGGUCCCUCGGUGGCGUCCCAUGAUGCACUGCAGGCAUGUGUUCAGUACGUUAAUGCUUACGUAAUCCAAUAAAGUUAGGGAUAGUCAUUUGUUUUCAGUGUUCUGAUUUGUGUUUAGAGUGCUGUUGUGCUAGCCGGUGAUUACUAGCGAUGUUAGCUUAGCGAGUCACUCAACACAACAGUGCGGCAACGUUGCUAACUGAUUAAUUUGUUAACAUUUUAUCGUUAGCUUAUAUUUAUAAUUCUGGUGAGAAUGCUACUGUUUAAAUGCUAGCAUUUGGGACACAUCCUGGAUUUUUGUUUUUUUUUAUUAUUAUUAUUAUUUAUUUUUUCAAAUCUUCCAAGAUGAAUGAACUACUUCCUGGUCAUGACCUUGACUUCCUGCCCACGCGAGCAUCGAGAGCAUCGAUAGACCGAGUGUCUGCGCACACACACACACACACUGUUUUUAUUAUGGAGUAUAUUUAUAUUUGUACUAUACACUUUACACACUUUAAUUCAUGAUUAUUAACUCAAACCGAUCCAGUGAUGUUUGCACAUGUUACGGCAGCUGAUUGGUCAAAAAAGAAAGAAAAAAGGAGUUUGGGCGGGCUCUAAAUCCUGGCUUCUCAUUGGUCGAGAGUCUACACAGACUAGAGCCGAGGGAAAAUCGGAGCAGCAGAAGGAUUGACUGAUUUUGAUGGUAGACGUUUUGUUUGUUUUUUUGUUUGUUUGUUUUUUGUAUAGAAUGACUCAUUUUCCUUUCUUAUUUCUCAUAAAUAUAUUUUUUUUGGAAUUUGACCUCUGAAAACAGGAAGUGGUGCCAAUCUAAGGACUCAUGAGAUCUUCCGGAUCUUGCGGAUCUCCACUCUCUUGAUUCAGCAGGGAGUGUUUUUGUUUGUUCCGUUUGUUGUUUUGUUUUUGUUUGUUUUUUUGUUUUGUUUUUUAAAUAAAUGGUGAUUCCUAUUGGUCAA